CUGUCGUGAGGCGACUGCCAUUAUCGUUCAUUUCCGAUAGCAGAGCAUCUUCUGUGAUCAGCGCACUCAUGAUGUUUUCUCCCGUGACAGAGGCCGAGACGCGCCAGAAACUGCUGCGCAAUGUCAAGAAAGAGGUGAAACAAAUUAUGGAGGAGGCGGUAACAAGGAAAUUUGUUCAUGUUGACAGCAGCCACAUCAUUUCCUUCUGUGCUGUGGUGGAGGCUUGCAUGCUUCACGGGCUGAAGCGUCGUAUUGCCGGCCUGCUGUGCAGUAACAAGGUUGCAGCUCUCUUCAUGAAGGUGGCAAAAAGCUUUUCACCUGCCGAAGAACUCUGCCACAAGGUCCAGGAGCUGGAACAGAUUAUUGAAAACAGCAAACAGAACAAUUCCUCCCUGAGUAACGACCGCAGUCGCCAGUCAAAGUUCGCCAACCUUCCUCCUCAGGCGCUGAAACACUUGUGGAUCCGAACUGCGCUGAUGGAGAAGCUCUUGGACAAGAUUAUCCUGUACCUGGUAGAGCACAGCAGUACCUUCUAUGAGAAAGAAGCCAUGCUGAUGGAUCCUGUGGAUGGACCAAUCCUUGCUUCUCUAUUGGUCGGCCCCUGUGCGCUGGAGUACACCAAAGUCAAGACUGCAGACCACUUCUGGACGGACCCGUCCGCUGACGAGCUCGUACAGCGGCAUCGCAUCCACAGCGGCCACUGUCGGCAGGAUUCUCCCUCCAGACGACCUGCCCUGAUCCAGAAGAGACAGUCCAGUGGCAGCAUGGAUGACCGUCCUCUCAUGUGGGUGAGGGAUUAUGUUGAAUCUCUCCACCAAAACUCCAGAGCUACACUUCUGUUUGGGAAGAACAAUGUCCUGGUGCAGCCGAGAGACGACAUGGAGGCCAUCCCAGGCUAUCUGUCCCUACAUCAGACUGCAGAUCUCAUGACACUGAAAUGGACGCCCAAUCAGCUGAUGAAUGGAAACGUGGGGGAGCUGGAUUCAGAGAAAAGUGUGUACUGGGAUUAUGCAAUGACAAUCCGUUUGGAGGAGAUCGUGUACCUCCACUGUCACCAGCAAGUGAACAGUGGUGGGACAGUAGUUUUGGUGAGCCAGGAUGGGAUCCAGAGACCUCCCCUGCAUUUCCCCAAAGGAGGACACCUCCUCCAGUUUCUCACGUGUCUGGAGACUGGGCUGCUGCCUCAUGGACAGCUGGACCCACCACUCUGGAAUCAGAGGGGAAAGGGGAAGGUUUUCCCCAAAUUGCGAAAGCGGAGUCCACAUGGCUCAUGUGAUUCUGUAUCAGAUAAGGAAGAUGAUGAAGCAACCGAUUAUGUGUUUCGAAUCCUCUUUCCGGGCAAUCAGAUGGAGUUCAUGGCACUGGAGCUGAUUGACCAGAGUGUGAACCUGUGGCAGCCGACCCCCAGAAAGUCGUCAUGCUCCUCGUGCUCACAAAAUGGCUCUUCUGAUGGUUCGCUGCCUAAUGGCUGCAAUCAAGAAAGGGCUCCCUUAAAGCUACUUUGUGACACCAUGAAGUACCAGAUCAUCUCUCGUGCAUUCUAUGGAUGGCUUGCAUACUGCCGUCAUCUGUCAACAGUUCGCACACACCUCUCCGCUCUUGUGAACACCACGAUAGUUGACCCUGAUGUGCCCUGUGAUGCCAGAGGAGGCCUCACUGUGGAGAUCUGGGGCAAGUUCCUUAAGGAAAACUCUGCCUUUGAAGAGAAGGAAAUACACAGGCUUGUGUAUUUUGGUGGUGUGGCUCCUUCACUACGCAAAGAGGUCUGGCCCUUCCUGUUGGGACACUACCAGUUCAACAUGACUGAGAAAUCCAGGCUAGAGAUUGAUGAGCAGAUGCGGAUCACGUAUGAGCAGACGAUGAGGGAUUGGCAGGGUUGCGAGGCCAUUGUCCGUCAGAGGGAGAGAGAGAAACACGCCGAGGCCCUGGCCAGAUGUUCCUCUGGAGCCAGUGUGGAAAGAGGACCAGUGCAGCGAGACUCCACGAUCAGCACGGAUUCAUCUCUAAGUAGCAGCUCCGACCAGCAGAAUUCCAACUCACAGACUGAUUCCAGCAGUAACGCACAGGUAUUUGAAUCGGUUGAGGCAGUAGAUCCGAUUGAGUCUGAGCCCAGGCGUGAGGAAGCAGAGGCACAGCCGAGCAGUCCAGCGACGGACGUCACGAAUGCCGCUGCAGACUCUCCACAACCUUCUGGUCUGUCAAAUCAACAUCCAGCAUCGGAAAAUGUGCCUCCUAUCACAGACUCCGAUGUUCAAUCUACAACAGCUCAGUCCACAGCUGAAACAUCAGAACUAAAUGAGAAAAUUACAACUGGAUUACAGCCAGGAGAGACAGCUAUUAUAGACCCAGAAGCCAAUGAUAAGGUUUUAGAGAUGGACAAGUGGGAGACACUUUCACCAAGUGAGAUAUUUGAAGACGAUGGAGUCAGUUAUUCAAAAGAGACUUCUGGAGCUGAAGAAAAACCUGAAGUAGAAGAAAAAGACGAAGCAGCAAAUGAGCAAUGCAAAGAUUCACAAGCAGUGGGCACAAAUAUGAACAUAAGAUCCGCACCAGAGAACACCAACGUUCUGAAGCUCGAAACAGAGAUUCAUAAUGAAUAUUUCCCAGCACCUCCUCUUGGCCAGACCUUGACUUUUCAAGCACACAAGAGCAAAGAUCUGGAUGUGGAGCCGUCAUAUCCACCAACAGCAGAAAAAGAUACCAAUCAUAAACCUCCGCCUCAAACACUUCCCGAGAGAAACCCGUCACAAAUGAUCCCGACCUGUACCACAGGAGACAUGGCUGACAUGGCUGAAACCAAAAAGGACAAAGCUAUCGAACUUCCGUUUGAGAAACCCGAUUCAAAUUCUCCAGUCCGGCAAGUCCUCAAUGCUCUUCAGACAGCAUCGAGGGGGAGCCUUUCGUUGUCGUCCCGGCAAUCUCCAGACACCGCAGAUUCAGAUGACUCUCCAUCUGCUCUGGAAAUGGAGGACAUUCCUGCAGGGAUAACAUGUGUGACCUCUGAGGAUAUUAAGGUCAGGCCUUUGACAGGCCUCGCUGCGCCGCCCAUGUCUCUGGCACAGAGAGAGAGAAUGGCAUCCGAGGGCCUUGUCCUAGAUCAUAGUCUGGACACAGCCUGUAACACCAGUCCUGAGGGCACAGACCUGGGUCUUUCUGAAGAAGAGCCCGAGAUGGAGAAUGUGCUCACUGAACCAGAGUCUGCAGACGUGGGAGGAGACGCCAAACACGACGAGUCAUCGGAGGAACAAACCUAUUCCCAAGAAACACUGGACAUGUACUUGAUCAACUUACAUCGCAUUGACAAAGAUGUCAGACGUUGUGACAGGACGUAUUGGUACUUCACCACGGAGAACCUGGAGAAACUGCGUAACAUCAUGUGCAGUUACGUGUGGCAGCAUCUGGACACUGGUUACGUCCAGGGCAUGUGUGAUCUUCUCGCUCCCCUACUGGUUAUUCUGGAUGAUGAGGUUAUGGCGUUCAGCUGCUUCACUGAACUGAUGAAGAGGAUGAACCAGAAUUUUCCACACGGUGGUGCUAUGGACUCUCACUUUGCCAACAUGCGCUCCCUUAUCCAGAUCCUGGACUCUGAGCUUUUUGAGCUGAUGCAGCAGAACGGAGACUACACCCACUUCUACUUCUGCUACCGCUGGUUUCUGCUCGACUUCAAAAGAGAAAUGGUGUAUGAUGAUGUGUUCUCCGUGUGGGAAACCAUCUGGGCAGCCAAACACACGUCCUCUGAGCACUUUGUGCUCUUCACUGCUCUGGCGCUUGUGGAGAUGUAUCGAGACAUCAUCCUGGAGAAUAACAUGGACUUCACAGACAUCAUCAAGUUCUUCAAUGAAAUGGCAGAGCGACACAACGUCCCCCAGGUUCUGAUGAUGGCUCGAGACUUGGUCCAAAAAGUGCAAACUCUCAUAGAAAACAAGUGACUCGCGAUGCACUUGUGUAAUCCCCACGAUUCUUGUUUGAAGGUACUGACACAACCACACAACUGUCCUGUAUUCAAGAGCAAAGGAAUCAGUGUACAUGAUUAGUAAGUGCUGUAAAAGAUACUUGGUCAUUAAAAGUGCUCAUUGUUCUGAUAAACACUCGCUCCUGUCUAAAUUCGGGACGUGUUGCCUGCAUAAUUAGUUUCUAUGUGUUUUUCUUCACUUAGUGAAUGUAUCCUCGUUGAAAGUGCUUCAGGAUGUGAUUUGUUUUGCCUUAAACUCAGCUAGUUUUUUCAGGGAUAAAGCAACCAAAUUGUUCACUGUAUUAUCUCCCUUAUGUUGUUUUUACUUUACACAUUAUGUGAAGUGCUUUGGAUAUAUUUUCAUUAAUAUUAUCUGGCAUUAACGCGGUGAUUUGGUUUCGUAAACAUCAGCGACACUACAGUCCACGGCGGCAGGCUGUGUCCGUGUACAGUACAGUGCCAUUUUGGGGACCUCACACUGGCCUCCUUCUCAGUUUGCCUUUGAUGCACAUAAGCUAACAGGAUAUCACGAGUGCAACUAAACUCGGAGCACUCCACUAUGAUUGCACAUACUUCACAUAUACAGUAUCAUCAUUUCAAGUUCUCAAGCUGGGUGCUCCUUCUAGGUCAGUCACUCCUUUACAUAUUGACCAAGGUGUGAUUCGGCCUGCUCAGUUGCUACCUGUCCUUGCUUUUAAUUCCGAGUACCAGCGUGUCUUUGUGAUGAACACAUUCCAGUAGUUAAUGCAAAUGCUGAGUGCUAUUUCAUUUCCUUUUAAACACUAAAACAGAGUGGUAUUAACAGGUUCUGCUUGGUAGCUCUGCUCUGGAGUUUCAACAGUUUUCCGCCUCGUCUCUAACACACUCUGGACUCAUACUGGUGACAGGUUUACAAUAAUUGCAGCAUUUUUUCCACUAUUACCUCAACAUCUCUAUGUUCAUACCUGCAAUGAAGGAGGCCGACACCACUAACACAUUCACGGUUCCACUUUAUCACACACACUGCUCAUCCUGUAAAUUAAUCAAUUCAUUUGUAAAGACGGAGAAGUUGUCCUCAGCCUGCUCACUUGGACGUGGUGAACACUUUCUUGGAAGGUUCGACUCCAAGGUUUAGUCAGUUCUCCACCUGUUAGUUUGAGUGACUCCCCACUCAGGAGUUAUUGCUUCAGCUGUCAUCACUCGCUACUUGGGAAAUGUGAUCUUGAUGAAUUCUACCCUUUUUAAAGGGUAACCAGUGAAAGCUAUUUGAUGUGUAGCUGUGGAUAUAAUCUUUUUUUUUUUUUUUUUUUUUACAUUUCACAGCAAUGACUCUUCAUAUUUAGGUUUGAUUUUUGGUAGAAAGCAAUCCAAACAACGCAAAGCAGUAAUUUCAGAUGUGGAUAUUCUAAAAAUGCCAGCAGAUUUACACAACUUUAUAUAUGUCGACACUAACUGGGAUAAGUCAGAGAAUAUGUUUCAUUGUUACCGGUCAGUUAGAAUGGCCAAAGCAUGCCCAUGUUUGGUUUACCGUGGCUUUGACUCCAGCGCUUUGAUAUCACUGCUAAUGUGUCUCCAUAUGACCUUCAAAACAUGCCUGAGUAUUGCUGUUAGUGUAUUACAGUGUUUGUUGUCAGAGAAUUUAAUGUAAACUAUGUGUUUAAAAAAAAAGAAAGAAACUUAUUGUACAAAAACCUAAGCUAGUACAAAUGAAAUGCAAUACAAUGUUUGUACAGUAUAUAUGAGCUUUAUCUGACAAUUAUCAUGGAGAUGAAAAUAUUCCACUGGAAAUAUAUUUUUAUUUUUUUUUCUGUCUUCUCAAAUGGUCCACCUGUUGUAAUUUAUUGUGUAUUAAAAAUAUUAUAUUUUGCAUCUCAUGUGCCUGGUGUAGACUUUAAAAAAGUGUUUUACCCCUUAAAGAUUGUUACACUCA